AGGGAUGCUGUUGCAGCAUCAAUCCGAUAUAGAUUUACACCGCCAAGAUGGAGUCCUUAUAACAUUCCCGAAUCCGAAAGAAUCCUUCAAAAAAGGUAACUUCCACCUGUAUAAACACCGAAAACACUCAAAAACGUCUCGUUCACCGAAACAUCCAUCUUGGCGGUUUAUUCGUAGUGAUUCGAAGUGAUAAAAAGUCUUCCAUUAGUGUAGUUCGAAAUAGUUUAAGAAAAAGGUCCAAAUGAAGCGUUUCGCGAAUUUUCGUCUUCCGCCCUUCUGGGAGGCGAUGGACGUGGCCCACCAGGUCGUCAAGCAGGUCCUGCCGGAGAAAACCGCCAAGCAACAGGAACAGGAACCGGUGGCCCACGAGAAGGUACAUUUCGCCCAGAACCUGGAGCAAAACUACUCCUCGCACGGUGUCAACGAGAACCACGAGAUGUCCAACAUGACGGGCAACAAAACCGGCGUCACUAACCCCUUCUUGAACAUGGAGGCCUCCAAUAACGUGAAGGUGGCCGAGGAUACCUUCAACGAAGGCUCGUACCAGCAGGAGAAGAGCAGGAUGUCUUCCAUGGACUUUUCCGAAGGUUCGGACUUCGUGGAGGGAAAGAGCGAGAUGAAAAUCAACGAAUAUCAGGCGGCUUGGAACGUGACGAAUGCCAUUCAGGGAAUGUUCAUAGUGUCAUUGCCCUUCGCCGUCCUUCGAGGAGGUUAUUGGGCUAUAGCCGCCAUGAUUGGAAUCGCAUACAUUUGCUGUUACACUGGCAAAAUCCUCGUGGAAUGCCUCUACGAGUUGGACAUGCAAACUGGAAAGAUGGUUAGAGUGAGGGAUUCUUACGUAGGCAUAGCAAAGGAAUGUUUUGGAAGGAAAUAUGGCGGUAGAAUAGUGAACAUCGCCCAAAUUAUAGAACUGCUCAUGACAUGCAUCUUGUAUGUUGUGGUAUGCGGGGAUUUGAUGAAAGGGACAUUUCCAACUGGGUCCAUCGGUACUAGGUCGUGGAUGAUGCUGAUUGGAAUACUGCUGUUACCUUUAGGUUUCCUGAAAUCCCUAACCAGCGUCAGCCUACUAUCCUUCUGGUGUACCAUGUCGCACAUCUUCAUCAAUGCAAUAAUCAUCGGAUACUGCCUGCUCUACAUCGGCGACUGGGGCUGGGGCAAGGUCAAAUGGACGCUGGACAUGGAGAAUUUUCCCAUCAGUUUGGGAGUGAUCGUCUUCUCCUACACAUCGCAAAUAUUCUUACCCACCCUAGAGGGCAACAUGAUCGACCCGUCCAAAUUCCAAUGGAUGCUGGAUUGGUCCCACGUGUGGGCUGCCGUCUUCAAGGCCCUAUUCGGCUACGUCUGCUUCCUCACCUUCCAGAACGACACGCAACAGGUCAUCACCAACAACCUACCAUCGGCCGGUUUCAAAGGUUUGGUCAAUAUUUGUCUCGUGGUCAAGGCCAUCCUCAGCUACCCUUUACCGUAUUACGCGGCCUGCGAGCUUUUAGAACGGGCCUUUUUUCGGGGAAAGCCCAAAACUCGUUUCCCGACCAUUUGGGAUACGGACGGCGAGCUCAAGGUAUGGGGUCUUGCUUGGAGAGUAGGCGUCGUGACGUUCACGAUAAUGAUGGCCUGUUUCAUACCCCAUUUUUCCAUCCUCAUGGGUUUCAUAGGGAGCUUCACGGGGACCAUGUUGAGUUUCAUUUGGCCCUGUUACUUUCACCUCAAGCUCAAGAGGAGUUUCAUGGACACGAGAACGAUGGUAUUCGAUUAUUUUAUCAUAGCCCUGGGUGUUCUCUUCGGCGUCAUAGGUAUCUAUGAUUCGGGUAGCGCUUUGAGGAAAGCGUUUUCCAUUGGUCUUCCAUUUUAGAUUGUAGGUUAGAGAAGAAAGAUCGUGUUAUACAAAUAUCGAAGCAAUUAUGGAGGUUUUAUCAGCGAAUAUGAAACAUUAUUUUGUAUGUUGGGAGGAGGCGUUUUUACGGCUUUAGGGAUAUGUAUUUAUUUUUUGACAGGAUUUUCCAAUUGUGAGUAUACUUUCGAAAAUUAACGUAAGAGGGCUUCGAUUGAUCGAUAUAAUUGGGUCGCCAGAGGAAUACGUUUAUCCAUUAUGGACCACUGAAUGCUAGUUGAUGAGCCAUGCUACUAAAAAAAAACCUGCCUAAAUUUGAAUUGAAUGUGAGUCAAGCUGACCAGGCACCUUUUGAUAAAUUUUUUUUUUUUUUGAGCUGAAUUGUGCUAGGUUUGUGAUGCUUUUAGCAGUGGAGAUUAAAAAUUCCAUAUGGUUCUCAAGAUAUUCUACAAAUUGGCAUCGGCCAGCCCAGUACUUUUAGAAAAAAUGGGGUUUUAUGGCUGAAAUAGAUUUUGCUAUACAUGUACAGGGUGGGCAAAUUUCGAUGUUUUAGCACUACAGUUUUUAAACCAGAGGAGAU